AUGUUAUUAUUGAUUAGGACAGUAUCUGAUGCUGUCUUUGUUCUUGAUGUAAUUUCUGGGAUUGAUUACAAUGAUCCAGCAACUACAACUUGGUCUAAGUACAUUCCUCAAGGUGGAUUCAAACAAUUUCUUAAUCAAAAUGGACUCAAAGGGAAGAGACUUGGAAUAGCAAGGAACCCAUUCUUUGGCCUUUUAGCCUCCAAUGUGGCUCCACAGUUUGAGAAGCAUUUUCAGACCUCAAGACAUCAAGGAGCAGUUGUGGUAGAUAAUCUCCAGAUAACCAAUAUCAAUGAUAUCUUAAAUGUGACCAAAAGUGGUGAGGCAGUAGCACUUGCUUCUGAGUUCAAACUAUCCUUCAAUUCUUAUCUCAAGAACUUGGUGGUUUCGCCGGUGAGAUCCUUGGCAGAUGUUAUAGCCUUUAACCAAAAGAAUGCAGCUCUGAUCAAUGAGUUUGGUCAAGACAUCUUCUUGUUAGCACCAAACAACAAAUGGAAUUGGCGCAACAGAGAAGGCAGCACUGGCCAAUCUAGCAAGACUAUCAAGAGAAGGCUUUGA